AUGAACCCCCACCAGAACAACAAGGUCGACAUCAAUGCCAUGUCGCCCGACGAGCAGCGCCUAUUCCGCAUGUACGGCAAGCUCCCCGACAAGAAGAACCUGCUGCAGAACAAGCUCAAGGGCCAAGAGCGCAAAUACUUUGACAGCGGCGACUACGCCCUCAGCAAGGCCGGCAAGGCAGGCGACGUGGGCGUCACCAGCAUCGGCGUCGAACACCCCUCACCAGACACCAUCCCCCACCUCUCGUCAUCACCCAACACCCAGACCCCCGGAAACCCCAACGGCAACCCUGGCCUCAACCUGCAGCCCACCCAGAGCCACCAAUCCUACGUUUCCGGCAGCCCCGUCAAGGAGGGCAGUAUCUUGCAGAGAGGCAUGAGCGUGGAC